AGGUAAGACCACAAGACCAGACCACUGUGUUUGAUUCAUUCAUAACCCUCUGUCGAUUUUCUCUUCCAUUUCUACCUUCGAUCUUCUUCUUCUUCUUCUUCUUCUUCUUCUUCUUUUGAGCUGCCCGACCCACCACAUCCGCUUGGUGAAGCAGGGUUGAAGGCUCUGUCAGCUCGGAGUUUUCGAUUGCCAAGUUCUUCCCGGCGGAAUCGGGUAAUCAGAGGGCCGAUCGAGGUCUUGGUUCAGCUGAAAGUUUUGGUCUUGAGGAAUCUCGCGGGUCUCUUCCCCUCUGAAUGAAUCAUUUCUUGUUCGAGUACUCGCAGGCUUUUCAAUGGGCUUUGGUUGGUUGGGGGAUGAUUGAAGUGGCUUCUACAAACACAAUGCAGAAGAACUGAGCUGGAACCGGGAGCCUUUAUUUCUUGUGGCGAAGGAAAAUGUUGGACGGGGCCCAAAGGUUUACCGGGAUUAUAGGCCUGAAACACCAUGACAGCAACUAUUAUGAUCUGUCCCCAGGGUUUUAUCAUGUACUCAAUGAGGGUUCCAACAUGUCGAUUGAUAGCCUGGCGAGCCUUCAGACAAGUAAUGGCGGAGGUUCUGUGGCCAUGUCUGUAGAUAGUAGUGUCAGUUCUAGUGAUUCCCAUACUCACAUUCUGAAACACCAGGAAAAGCGGAGGCGUGCUAAUGAUGACUACUCGGUGGCACAGAGUGUUAAUUAUCGCAGGGGAAGGGUGACGCAUGCUCUGAGUGAUGAUGCUCUGGCACAAGCUCUCAUGGACAGCAGUUAUCCCACCUUGGGACUUGAGAAUUAUGAUGAGUGGACCAUAGAUUUGAGGAAGCUUAACAUGGGGCAACCUUUUGCUCAGGGAGCUUUCGGGAAGCUCUACAGAGGUACUUACAAUGGGGAGGAGGUUGCAAUCAAGAUCUUGGAGAGGCCAGAGAACGAUCCUGAGAGGGCACAGCUGAUGGAGCAACAGUUUCAGCAGGAAGUGAGGAUGUUGGCUAGGUUGAAGCAUCCAAACAUUGUUCGGUUUAUUGGUGCAUGCCGUAAGCCUAUGGUCUGGUGUAUUGUUACUGAAUAUGCAAAGGGGGGGUCAGUUCGGCAAUUCUUAAUGAAACGGCAAAACCGGUCUGUUCCGCUAAAACUGGCUAUUAGGCAGGCUUUGGAUGUUGCCAGGGGCAUGGCAUAUGUUCAUGGACUCGGGCUGAUUCAUAGAGACUUGAAGUCUGACAACCUUCUAAUCUUUUCUGAUAAAUCUAUUAAGAUUGCUGACUUUGGAGUGGCUCGAAUUGAGGUACAGACUGAAGGAAUGACACCAGAGACAGGGACAUACCGCUGGAUGGCUCCGGAGAUGAUCCAGCACAGGCCCUACACCCAGAAGGUGGACGUGUACAGUUUUGGGAUUGUGCUAUGGGAGCUGAUCACAGGGAUGCUCCCUUUCCAGAACAUGACGGCGGUGCAGGCGGCUUUUGCGGUUGUGAACAAGAACAUCCGCCCCAUCAUCCCCAAUGACUGCCUGCCAGUCCUCGGGGAGAUCAUGACCCGUUGCUGGGACGCCAACCCCAACGUGAGGCCCCCCUUCACCGAGGUCGUCCGGUUGCUUGAAGAGGCAGAGACUGAGAUCUUGACGACCGUCCGGAAGGCCCGUUUCAGAUGCUGCAUAAUGCAGCCCAUGACCAUGGAUUGAUGGACCAAUUACACGAAUUUGGAUAGAGCAAAUAAAACUUUGGUCGUCAGGUGUGUUUUUUAAGAUAGGAAAUGGGAAGUUUUAGUGAUAAAAAAACGACUGUCCAAGAUAAUGCAGGGGCUGAAUUUAGUGAAAUACCUGUUCUCAGUAUUAGUGGUGGAGGAAGGAUGAGGCAUUUGAUGUGUAUGUGUCUUUUUUGUUUCCUGGUUCUUAAGAAAAGGAAUUACAAGUCCACUCUAAUAUUAUUGUGUCAAAAGUUAAGGUUGAUUAAAAGGUUGUGUUUGCGCCA